AUGUCGGAAUUGAUGAAGGGGAUUAUGCUCCUGAAGCAAGACUUAACUGAAGUUCCCGCGGAAGAAGCUCUCAAGGGAAAGGUUUCCGCGGCUAGAUUGGCUCUUAGGGUGUAGGCUCAAGUUAUUCAGGUAGUUGCUCUGUACUUCUCGGCUGGAUGGUGUCCUCCGUGCAAGCAAUUCACUCCAAAGCUGGUGGUUUGUUCUGUUGUUCUUGCCGGGUCACACAAAUUUAGUUUCAGCGCUUCUAUCACCACUUGAAGAAAGCCGGAAAACCGAUCGAAGUUAUUUUCUUCUCUCGUGAUCGCUCGAAGGCCGAUCUGGAGGAAAACUUCACCGAAAAGCAUGGCGACUGGCUGUGUGUCAAGUUCGGAGACGACACUCUGACGUAAGACGGACGGGACGGAAUUGGAAGGCGAGUGUGCCUCUUUUCAGGCGGUACCAAUCCAAGUUCGAAGUGAAAACUAUUCCGGUGCUCCGGGUGAUCAAUCCGGCCGGCAAGAUGGUCGUCGUCGAUGCCAAAUCGGAGGUCGUCGACAAAGGGAAAGCCGACCCAUUGGGACUUUUCGCCAAAUGGGAAGAAGCCUGCAACAAAUGA